GAGAGAGUGGAAGGGAGGGGUGGUGGAGUAAAGUCAGGAAGUUGUGGUCAUGAGUUUUAAUAGCAUGUUGGUGGAUGGCCUCACAAGGGCGAGUGAAGGAGACAGAGGAGAAAGCUGAAGAUCGGGCAAAGAGGAAAGAAUUCACCGAGCCACCGUGGUGAGGAAACAACGGAGCAGAUGAAGGGGAAUAUAAAGAUGCAGAGAUAUAGGGCAAGAUGGAGGCGAGUGAUUGGCUGAUCUUGUAACGAGGCACGGGGGAGUCUGUGGAUCCGUCUGGCUUCCUUUAGAUUCUGCUGACGGCUGCUAAACUAAAAUCCAAGACGGCUUCAUGUCGUAAAGAUCAUUCCCACAGAGACCAGUACACGUGGCUGCAAUAGAGGGCAGUUCUCACUGGUUUCAGAAUAUCAAGCUCCAUCUCUCUGGUGACUCAACGUACCUCCGUCCUCACCACGCUCCUCUCAUGCUCGCUGAAAAUGAAUGACACACAGGACGGGGUUCAGAUUGGAGAGAACAAGUUCAUCAGCAAGGCAACCGUCCUCUCCCAUCUGAAGACGUACAAUCUCUACUAUGAUGGACAAAAUCUACAGCUCCGACACAGAGAGGAAGAGGAGGAGCUGAUUGUCGAGGGCCUGCUGAAUAUCUUUUGGGGCCUGCGUCGACCAAUCAGGCUUCAGAUGCAGGAUGACCACGAGCGGAUCCGACCGCCCCCCUCCUCCACAUCCUGGCAUUCUGGGUGUAAUCUGGACAGUCAAGGUUCCACCAACAGCACAGAUGGUGAACAGUUGUUAGAGCAGGACCCGCCCACACUGGAGGUGACGCCACCCGACAACGAGCCAGAGGACAACGGGGAGAUGGAACAGGAGACAGACGAGGAGAACGAGAGCUCCGCCCAGCUCCUUCGAACAAAGAGCGAUGCCGGAGUCCUGAGACGAGGCCAGCGACGCUCACCGAGCGACCAGAGGAAAAUACGACGCCAUCGCUUCUCCAUCAACGGACACUUCUACAACCACAAGACAGCAGUGUUUACUCCUGCUUUUGGCUCAGUGACUAAUGUUCGCAUCAACAGCUGCAUGAGGACGCCUCAGGUGCUGCGAGUCCUCCUCAACAAGUUUAAAAUUGAAAACAGCCCCGAUGACUUCGCGCUCUACCUUGUCCACACGAGUGGAGAGCGCAUGAAGCUGAAGCGCAGUGACUAUCCUCUGGUGCUGAGGGUGAUGCAGGGUCCAUGCGAGCAGGUCUGCAAAGUCUUCCUCAUGGAAGCAGACCUGGGGGAAGAAGUCACGUAUGAUGUGGCGCAGUAUAUAAAGUUUGAGAUGCCAGUCCUGAAGAGUUUCAUCACCAAGCUGAAGGAGGAGGAGGAUCGAGAGGUGCAGAAACUCAGGAGAAGAUAUAACUACCUGCGUUGUGUACUAGAGAAGCAGCUCCGUUGUCCUCCAGAGGGGGCGACGUGCAUGUGAUCGGCCUCGCGGUGACGACCCCCCCCCCCCC